AUUUCCGUUGUCAGGUGGUGCUGCUAUGGAAAGAUGUGAUCAGCAGUCCCAAGAAGGCUUUUCCUGAUUACCAGUUUCGGUAAUGCUGUGAAAAAAAAACCGUGCAUUUUGAAAGACAGAGUGUUUUGUGGUGUGGAGGAACUGUCAGUGCACCGCUCCUCGGCAAAGACUCGGACAAAGAUGUCGGCGUUUGUGUAGACAACACAGGAUAUUCCCCCCGGCGGUUUUUAGCUAGAGAUCAGAAUGUCUAGACGCCGUGUUGCAGAGAGAGGGGCAGGGGAAUCAUCCGGCAGGGCAAGCAAGCUCCUUUGUCCUGGGAUAUCUGGCAACAAUGCUAAAAGAGCUGGACCCUUUGUCUUAGGGCCUCGGCUGGGAAACUCUCCUGUGCAGAGCAUAGUGCAGUGUCUGGCCAGGAGAGAUGGAACAGAUGAUUUCUACCAGCUAAAAAUUUUGACCCUAGAGGAACGUGCAGACUCCUCUGGAGAGACGCAGGAGGAACGGCAAGGAAAGAUGCUGCUGCACACAGAGUACUCGCUGCUGUCUCUACUGCACAAUCAGGAUGGAGUGGUGCAUCACCAUGGCCUUUUUCAGGAUCGCUCCUGUGAGAUUGUGGAGGAUAUGGAGGCCGGUAGAGCACGUAGGAAGAAGCGAAUCUGUCUAGUGCUGGACUGCCUGUGUGCUCAUGACUUCAGUGACAAAACAGUGGACCUCAUUAACUUGCAACACUACGUCAUCAAGGAGAAGAGACUCAGUGAGCGUGAGGCCAUUGUCAUCUUCUGUGAUGUAGUUCGAGUGGUUGAGGCUCUGCAUAAGAAGAACAUUGUGCACCGAGACUUGAAGCUUGGAAACAUGGUGCUUAACAAAAGGACUCACCGGAUCACAAUCACCAACUUCUGCCUGGGCAAGCAUUUGGUGAGUGAAGAGGAUCUACUGAAGGACCAGAGAGGCAGCCCAGCCUACAUUAGCCCAGAUGUCCUAAGUGGUCGUCCAUACCGUGGGAAGCCAAGUGAUAUGUGGGCUCUCGGUGUGGUUCUGUUCACCAUGCUGUAUGGCCAGUUCCCCUUUUACGACAGCAUACCUCAAGAGCUUUUUCGCAAGAUCAAGGCUGCUGAGUACUCCAUCCCAGAGGACGGCCGUGUGUCGGAAAGCACAGUGUGUUUGAUCCGUAAACUGUUGGUGCUGGAUCCCCAGCAGAGGCUGACUGCAGCAGAAGUGCUCGAGUCUCUCAGUGGCAUUAUUGCCUCCUGGCAUUCUGUAUCAUCCAUGAGCGGACCACUGCAGGUAGUACCGGACAUCGAUGACCAGCUCAACCAACCCGAGCAUCUACAGGAGGUGAAGGUAACGGAAGAGUCGUCACAGUAUGAGUUUGAGAACUACAUGCGCCAGCAGCUGCUGCUAGCUGAGGAGAAGAACACUAUCCAUGAGGCCAAGAGCUUCCUGACCAAGAGGCAGUUUGGCAGUGUGCCACCGGUGAGGCGCCUGGGUCAUGAUGCUCAGCCUGUCAGCCCUCUGGACGCAGCCAUACUGGCCCAGCGCUUCCUCAGGAAGUAGAGGAUCACUGUGCACAGGCUGUGCCAUGCAGCCGGGUUCAUGUGUGCGUGUGGUUGCUUUAAAGAGCAUUUGGGUGAGGAGAUGCAGCAUGCUGGACAGUUCUCUCAUCUGCUCCUCUCACUGGUUAAAGAAGGUGACUCUGGUUUGAGCAACACACAAGACGAAUGGGUUCUGAGCCCCUGCCGUACCCCACUCCCUCUCACUCUGCCAUACAGACAUUAGCAGCAAUACAGGAACUGAAUCAUGUAGCAAAUGGGUGCGGACACACGCACACAUAACUCGCACCUCUCAUUCUCCUUUUCUACUCUCAGCACUUUCCAAGGGGAACAGCUCAGAUCCCCUGACCCCAGUUGUCAUCCCUCCAUGUGUUCCUCAGUCCUUCAGUCAACCACACCCAUCCAUACUGGGUUCCAUUUGCAUCCACAAUUGCUAAUCUACCUCUUAACGUCUCUGUUUCUGUCUCUCGGUCCGUUUAGAACUGUGCUCUCAAUAGUUUUGAAAAACAGGUAUCCAAAUGUGGGGAUAUGACCACAAGCACAGGUGAAGAGCAUUAUCAUUUGUUGUUGUUGUUGUUGUUUAUUAUUAUUAUUAUUAUUAUUAUUAUUAUUAUUAUUAUUGUUAUUAUUUCAGCAUUCUGGCAUGUCAAAACCAGCGAUAAAAUUAUCUCCAUAAUAUGAAUAAGCUUGGCUCUCCUCUCCUGUUAGAAAGGUAGCAUUUUAAGAACAUCCCCCCCCUCCAUGCCAUUUUUAUUAGUUAAUUCUUGUUUGCAUCACUUCAUAAAUUAUUUUGUAACACAAGAACUCUGUAGGAAUUCCUUGCUUGAUGGGGUAUUUGACAGGCAGCUAGCAAUGUACAGCUCUAAAUCUAGAUGCCAAGAAUAGUCCCAAAAGCUCCUGCUUUGCAACCUGCUGCCCCAUGAGGUACGAUAUUCUUCCCUUAUCAGCUAAAGGUGCAGUCUGCAGUGGUCCCAAAGCUUUUUUUUUCUUCUUUUUUUUUUAAAAAAAAAUGCACACCCCUGUCCAUAUAGAAAUUUUGUCUUACACAUGAUUUCCUGAAAUUUAAAGCACAUGCCUUCUAGGUUUCGUUCUUAUGAUUUGCUUAUCAUUAACUGUGGCCGUAGAGCAACCAGAGAUGUUAUAAAGCUGUCAGAAGAAGGAUGGCUGAGGCUGCAAUCAUGCGGAAGUUUAAGCCCCAUUAAGCUCCAGAAGUGCAAGCUUUAAUCUCUUCCCAACCCCUGUGGUGACCAACAGCCAACAUCUUGAGCUGACCUUUUGAAAACAAGCCAGCACUCCUUUUCUGCCACACCGUAUUAAGCCAAAACCUUGGCUGCCCUUCUGGUCAUUGUACUGGGGACUGGCCACUAAAACCUAGGCAUAUAACAUACCCUAAUACCCAUCAUUCACUUUUAGUGCCAUUGUCUUCAUCCAUCAUGUAUAUAAAGAUUGAGUGCAGUUCUCUUGAUACAUUGAUCAUAUUUUUGUUUUCCUAAUCACCUUUGAGAAAGUCAUAGGAUAUAAAUACUUACAAUCUUGUCAGACUGUUCACCAAUCCAAUCUAAGCUACUUGUAUAAAUCAUUGCCACAGAAUAUCUUGCCUUAGAUUCAGACUUCAACAGUGAGUGGUGAUUUUGUACCUUUCGGUGGUCUAGUAUAUUUUAGUAAACAGGUGGUUGUCUUGCAUCAGCCUUUCUACCUGUGACAUAGCUUGUGAAGGCCUGCCUGGUUCACUAAUAUUAGGGGGGAAAUGUAAUCCAGUACUGUAGGCCUCUGAGCUUCUCGAACGUAAUCUGUUUUUCUUUGUUUUGUGCGCUCGGUUUUUAAAGCGCAAAACGAGACAGAAAGCAUGAGUGAAACUGUUUAGCUUUGCUUGGGUUUCAUUUUUUUGGGUGUUCAAUUUUAUUUAUUCACUGUGUACAAAUGAUCUUGCUUUAAAAUUCUAUUAUUUUGAACACUGCCUCUGUCUUUGUAAGGCGUGAAGUAACAUGAGAUCAUCACAUAAUCCAGUUCUAAAUUAGUGCUGUGAUCUUUUUUUUUUUUUUCCCCCCCAAAUAAUCCACAGUGACAGCUUCUUCUUCUCCUUUUUUUUUUUUAAAUAACCCUUUUUUUUUUGUCUGAGUAAAUGUUGCCAGAAUCCUGAUGGUUUAUUAAGCUACAUUAAUAAGACUGACUUUGCAUAGCUCUAUUUUUAGACAAAUGAAAUUAUAGCACAUUAUGACAAUAAGGAAUUAUUUAGAGUUUAUCCUGCAAGUUUAAUACAACACGCUCACACGGCCAGUGUGCAAACAUUAUCCUGAUGUAGCUAUACGAGUAGGCUGCCAUCAAGAGUUACACCAAGGCAUCGACAUGAGGAGUAUUUAUCAAAGUAAUUUUGCCUUCCACUAUUGAAAGCAUUAGUGUGCUCCCACUUCAAUGUGAAUAUUUUUUUUUUUUUUUUUUAAAUAUAUUGCAGUAUUGUAGAUGACUUCUCUGGGUGGCACAGAAGACUUCUGUGGGUGGCAGUAAAGGGGCAUGUGUAAGUCCCCACUAAAUUUAAAUCACUGCAUCUAUAAAACAUUAAGGAAACGCAGUGUAGUGACCCCCAGCUCCAUCAUCUUACCACAAAUCUGUGGGUUUACAAUGUGACUUGGUGGAGUGGUUGUGUAGUCAAUACCUUAACUUAGACCAUAAUUGUUGUUGAAUGCCCCAUGUACGUGUCUUAACAGAACCCACUCCCUGCAUUUUAUUUUAUUUUAUUUUUUCCUUGUAGCACCCUUGGCAUCACAAAGCCAAGCUGUGUAUUUGCAGCAUGAUGCAUUUAUGUUGUUCAGCUAUACUGUUUCAUAUGUUAAGAAAUGCAUGACUCGGACUUGCAGGAUGUGCCACAUGAUCUCUGCAUUUAGGUUGCCAGAACAUUUGGGUGUGGCUGUAGGUGUUUUUAAAAAUAAAUUGCAUUUGGUAUCCAGUUAAAAAUACACUAAAAAACCCCAGAAGAUUCAUCUCAGUGGCGCUAAAUGGGAGAAUUUAUUAGUCAGUAAUUUUAGUUUAAAGGUAUGAAUUUUUUUUUUUUUUUUCUUGUCCUGUCAUAAACAUGUCCGCUAACUGGAAAAUGGUGUAAAAUGAGACGAUGGUGAAAUUAGUUAACAGCCUAAAUGUUCGGUGUUGUAAGCUGCUUGUUUGGAUAGAUGUCACAGAAGAAACUGGGUAAUUGUACAGAUAAAACAAAUUUGUAUAAAUGACAUAUUUUUGUACUUCAUAAAAUCUCUACAUGCAUGUCAGCAAUAAAUUUGAUAUGGAACAUC